ACGACGGGCAGCUUUGUCCUGACGACGACGACGAUGAUGGCGGCGCUGCUGGUGGUGGUGGCGUUGCCCGCGGGGGUGGCCGGCUUCUGGUACGGCAGCGGUGAAGGUGGCGACGAAGGUGACGGUGAAGAUGCUCCUGGUGGCUCCUUGGGGCCUUCCUGCCUUAGACAGCGCACGUUUCCCGCCGCCUCCAGCGAUAUUUACGUCACUGGUCUCAUAGACGUUCACGGGGGCGUGCGGUGUGGCCAGGUGGACCUGGCGGGUGUCCAGCUCAUGGAAGCCGCCCGCUGGACCGCCCUCAAGAUGGGGCGCCUCGCCUUCAUCCCCGGCGUCUCCCUGGGAGUGAGCAUCUACGAUACUUGUGGGGGUCCGGAGGCGGUGAUGAGGGCGGCCGCCACCGCGGUGCUGGAGGGAAGAUACUUAGAGCCGCCUGUGUGUCGCGCGGCGCCUCAUGUGGGCGUCGUCCACACUCACCCCCACCACGACCAGCUCUCGUCGUUCCUUCAGGACGUGGGCGCGCCCUCCGUCAGCGUGGACGCCGAGGACAUUAUGCCACAGCUGGAGGCCCUUGUACUUCUCCUCCAGAGACUCAACUGGACCUCCGUCGCUGUUGCGGCUCCCACCAUCCAGGAGCUGCAGAAGUUUGGCCACCUGGCGGCUGGACUCGACAUCUGCGUGGGCGCUGAAGCCAUCCUCCCCCAUACCAACAGUGACGAGAAGGUGUACGGGGCGGUGCUGGAAGCGUUGGGCGUGGCUGGAACGGGCGGGGUGGUGCUCAUUGGGCCUCAGGAUCGCCUGCAUGCCGCCCUCGACGCCGCCCGACGCAAUCGCACUGACUUCCACUGGGUGCUGGCGCCCACUGGAACCAUCCAGGAGAGUGUCUUCCAGGGCCUGAACUCUGUCGCGUCUGGGUUGCUGGUGCUAAAGAGGACCAGCCAGACGGUGCCGGAGUUCGGCGAACACUUCCUGACGGUGGCGUCCUCGGGGUCCAAACUCUACCAGCACUUCACCCCCGAGGACUACGUAGAGGAGCCUGCAGUGUACCAGAUGGUGAAAGCGAUGUAUGCAAUGGGCGUGGGCGUACGACGGGCGGUUCUGCGGGCGUGUGGAGGGUCCGGCUGGUGCAGCAACGCCAGUGCGACGUUCACCAACAUUCCCAAUACUGACGACGGCGGCGACGGUCCUGACGUAAUAGAGAAGCUUUCCAUCAAGGCUCAGAGACCUCAUUAUCAAGUGCUUCGCCUGGCACCAACAGGUCACGAUGACUACACAACACUCGCCUUCACCAAGGUCGGGCAUUUCUCCGCAGGUUCGCUGGAACUGGAGAACAGCCUGCUGGAGGGCCCUGACCGGCCUCCCCGGUACCUCUGCUUCUACUGUCGCUGCCUGAACGUCCGCUUCGCCUUCCUGGCCGACCUCAGGUGGCGGACCGAGGCCUGGGUCACGAUUUGCGCUACCAUGGCCAUCAUUGGCUUCCUCCUGGCUGUCGCCAUCUCCAUUUUCAUUGGGAUUCGGUCGUGUCGUGGGCAAGCACCGGAAGGUUCCCAAGGAUUCUCUCUACUGAUGCUGGCGUCCUGCAUCUUCCUGUACGCGGCCAUCUUGCCUUACAGCUUCGAGGCCAGCACACUAACCUGCCGCUUGCGCGCCUUCUCCACCGGCCUGGCCUACGCUCUGGUCUUCGCCAUCAUGCUCUCCAGGUCUCUCAUGCUAGCCACGGCUGACUCGGAAGGGCUGGUUGGUCACGUGAGCGGCCUUAUCCAGACGGCGCUGUUCUUCUUCAUGGUGAGCGUGCAGACGGGGCUAGGGGUGCAGCAGUGGGUCAUAGGCACCCCGUCCUCCAUCCACACACUUCCUUCAGGGGGAGUGCUCUACACCUGCUCGGGAAAUCGCUUACAGUUCAUCAUUUCCCAGUCCUACAUCAUGUUCCUGUUGGCUCUGCAGCUGGUCAUAUCUCCCUUCAUCAUUCGCUCUCGACGAAACUAUCACGAAGGAUUGUUGUUCUUCAUCGCCACUGUCCUGAUGGCCGGCGUGUGGGUAGCGUGGGCGACACUCUACAUGAUCCUUCCACCCGAAUGGGGUGAAGCGUGCAUAUGCCUUGGUCUGGCCGCCACUCCUACCUGUGUCUUGCUUACAAUCUUCGUGCCAAAGACCUACCUGAUGGUGCGGGCAGCGGCGAAAGAAUCAGUCUGUGCGACUCCGAUAAGACAGAUCGCCCGCCCGCAGCCCAGCCAGGACCUGGUGCGGUCCUCCUCCCUCUCCCUAUACGAUUCCAUCGGACACCUCCCCGAAAUGAUGCACGCCUCGCCCCACGCCUACGGCCCCGACCCAACCGUGCACCCUCCGCCAUCCCGCAAGGAGAGCCCCUACGAGGCUUACUCCCACUACCAACCCUCCCCGCACAAGAUCACGCAGUUCUAGUGUGAUGUAAACAUGACAUCAAGAUACUAAUCCUAAAGCCAUUAUGUGACUAACCUUUCAGCCACCUGCCCUCAGGAUGCAUGCAGGUGUCUGUAAUAGACUAAGUUCAAAGCCUCUGAGCAGAGCGGUGGAAUGGAGCCCGAGUCAUAGGUCACCCUACACGUACGCCCUGGUCCAAAGAUGUUCUCAUAGAUAGAUCAUUGUUAUUUAAUUGAAUGAUAAAGAUGAAGCCAUCCAAAAAGUGGCACGGGCAUGAAUAGCCCGUAAAUUGUGACUUCAUUAGGAACUGAUUAAACACUGGAUUCACCUAACCAAACCAAACCUAACCUAACCUCUCCUCAUCUAACCUAACCCUACCAGCCACGUGUACCCAGUUUUCUCAGGCUUAUCGUGAGUCUAUGUCAUGCCCUUGGCAGGGAAAAAAUAUUGUCUAGAGGGGUGGCAGGCUCGGCAACCCAUCCUCUUGAAAUGAUAGUACUUGUCGUAACUAUUUGGCAGUAAGUUAUGGCUAUAAAUUGGAUAAUUUAAGAUGUAGAAAAUGAGUAAAUUCUAAUUUAGAAUGAUUUAGAAUAAUUGAUUCAUGGAACAGA